AUUUACAGAUCACUCAAUGAUACCGACGGAAUAUUGUAACCAAAACACUGACUGUUCCAGUUGUUCUGAACAUCAUGUGGGAUUUUGUAGCGACUACAAAUGCACAUGUACAGGAAGUAUCCACUGCAGUGUUGGGAAUUGUGAUCAUUUUGGAUGUCCCAGCGGUUCGAAUCCAGAAUGUGAAGUCGUAAAUGGUCAUCAUCGGUGCACUUGUAAACCGUCGACAUCUGCCACUAUCAGCCACUGCAAUGACAAUUCUGACUGCACCACUUGUUCUGACUAUCAAAUUGGACAGUGCAUCCACCACCAAUGUAACUGCUCUGCCAGAAUGUCCUGCAUUUACAACAAUGAUUGUCAUGGGUAUGGUUGUGAAAGCAGUUUAUAUCCACAAUGUGCUAACCUAGAUGGUCACUCUCGAUGUCUUUGUGAAGCAUCGUCACCAUCCGCCAGACAUGAAUGUGACCAAAGUUCCGACUGUACUAAAUGCCACGACUAUCAAGUUGGCAAGUGUAACCACAACCAGUGUACCUGCUCUGCUGAAAUGCCAUGCAGUUACAACAAUGAUUGUCAUGGGUAUGGUUGUGGAAGCAGUUUGUAUCCACAAUGUGCUAACCUAGACGGUCACUCUCGAUGUCUUUGUGAAGCAUCAUCACCAUCCGCCAGACACGAAUGUGAACAAAGUUUCGACUGUACUAAAUGUCCCGAAUAUCAAGUUGGCAAGUGUAACCACAACCAAUGUACCUGCUCUGCCGAAAUAUCCUGCAUUUACAACAAUGAUUGUCAUGGGUAUGGUUGUGGAAGCAGUUUAUAUCCACAAUGUGCAAACCUAGACGGUCACUCUCGAUGUCUUUGUGAAGCAACAUCACCAUCCGCCAGACACGAAUGUGAACAAAGUUCCGACUGUACUAAAUGUCCCGAGUAUCAAGUUGGCCACUGCGACAACAACAAUCAAUGUACCUGCUCUGCCGAAAUAUCCUGCAUUUACAACAAUGAUUGUCAUGGGUAUGGUUGUGGAAGCAGUUUGUAUUCACAAUGUGCUAACCUGGACGGUCACUCUCGAUGUCUUUGUGAAACAUCAUCACCAUCCGCCAGACACGAAUGUGAACAAGGUUCCGACUGUACUAAAUGCCACGACUAUCAAGUUGGCAAGUGUAACCACAACCAAUGUACCUGCUCUGCUGAAAUGUCCUGCAUUUACAAUAAUGAUUGUCAUGGGUAUGGUUGUGGAAGCAGAUUAUAUCCACAAUGUGCAAACCUAGACGGUCACUCUCGAUGUCUUUGUGAAACAACGCCACCAUCAUACAGACAUGAAUGUAACGAGAGUAACGACUGUACUAAAUGCCCUGCAUAUCAAGUUGGCCAAUGCACCCUCAACCAAUGUACCUGCUCUGCAUUUUCACCAACUUCCAGACACGAAUGUGAGGAGAAUUCAGACUGUACUAAAUGUUCUGAUAAUAAAAUUGGACAGUGUAAAAGCAAGCAAUGUACCUGCUAUGAUACAACAACAACAGAAACAACAAUAUUUACUACAUCGGCUCCAUCUUCAACAACAACAACACAAAGUAAAAUAUCAACAUCAACGAAAUCAACAACAAUAAGGAAUACCUCACCAGUUACUCCAGUAAAGCCGGAUUUAUCUUCUACAAUUUCAGUCAUAUCCACCUCAUUCUUAUCAACUAAAAAGACAACAACAACAGACCAAUUUAAAAGUACUACCACUGUUUCGACGACAAUGCCUACAACGGACCAAACAGAUUCAAUGAAGACAACUAGUUCCUACCAGUCAACUAUGUCUUUAGGUUAA